AACCGAAAUUUGUACUGAAAACGCCCUAAUCGUACUUCUUUGCAGUACAUUCUCUCUCUCUCUCUCUGGCAAUUCCUUCACCCCCGCCCUUCCAGUUAUUUAUAAAUUCAUCGUCCCCAGAAGCCAUUCUCUGUAUUUCAUGGGUGCGAUCCCGGGGAAUUUUCUUGCUCCCUUCACGCCUUUUUUAUUACUGGGUCACCGAUUUCUCCACGGCUUCUCUAAUCCGAUUUUGGGUUCGACCGACAGCUCCCAGAGAUCUCCUGAAUUUCGGGAAGUCCUAUUUGUCUUCCAUAUUCGGGAAUUUUGAUUUCCGACGUGAUCGGUGCUCAGGAAGCGCGAUUCGUCAGGAAUCUGCAGCGACUGAACUGUCUAGACAAGAACAGGGAACAAACCAAGAUUAGUUUGAUUCCAGAUAGGGUCUUGAUGGAUAGCGAUAAGCUCAACCAAGAGAACGAUCACAUGGGAGAAGAGACUUAUCAGAACGAUUCCAGUGAUAUGGGGAAACCGCCGCCAUGGACGCAACAGAUCACAGUUCGUUCAAUUGUGGCAAGCUUGUUCAUCGGCAUUGUGUACAGUGUGAUAUGUCUAAAGCUGAACCUGACCACGGGGCUGGUUCCGAAUCUGAACAUCUCAUCGGCCCUGUUGGCGUUUGUGUUCCUUAAAUCAUGGACAAAGGUUCUCCACAAAGCCGGCAUUGUCACUACCCCAUUCACACGACAAGAGAACACCAUCGCUCAGACAUGCACUGUUGCAUGUUAUAGCAUUUCUCUUGCAGGUGGCUUUGCGUCGUAUUUGUUGGGUUUAAAUAGACGAACUUUCGAGCUGACGGGAGGGAGUAGUACCAUAGGAAACAAUCCUCGUGGUAUAAAAGAGCCCGGGGUUGGCUGGAUGACUUCUUUCCUCUUCGUCACAAGCUUCAUCGGGCUACUGGUAUUGGUACCUCUCAGAAAGAUAAUGAUCGUCGACUAUAAACUCACGUACCCGAGUGGAACAGCUACGGCCGUUCUGAUAAAUGGCUUCCAUACUAGCAAAGGAAGCAAGACAGCCAAGAAACAGAUUCGCGGGUUUAUAAAAUCCUUUGGCUUUAGCUUUGUGUGGGCAUUCUUUGGAUGGUUCUAUUCAGGCGGCAAAAAUUGCGGGUUUGCUAAGUUCCCUACAUUUGGGUUACAAGCUUUGAAACACACAUUCUUCUUCGAUUUCAGUAUGACAUACGUCGGUGCGGGAAUGAUAUGCUCGCAUCUGGUGAAUCUGUCAUUGCUCCUCGGUGCGAUCCUCUCGUGGGGAAUCAUGUGGCCUUUGAUAAGCCGACUCGAAGGCAAGUGGUUCCCAACAGGAUUGCCAGAGACCAGCAUGAAGGGCUUAGACGGCUACAAGGUGUUUAUAUGCAUAGCUUUGAUCUUAGGAGAUGGGCUCUAUAACUUUUGCAAGAUCCUCUUUUUCACCAGCAGAAGCAUCUAUGCCCGAUUCUUGAAAACCAAUAUAAACUCCAGGACUGUUGUUCCAAGCAAUGACACCGAGCAAUCUGAGAAGCUCCAACGAGAGAACGAAGUAUUCAUACGGGAGAGCAUUCCGCUAUGGGUGGCUUGCGUCGGAUACUUGAUCUUCUCAGUCAUAUCAAUCGUCGUGAUCCCUCUGAUGUUCCCUGCCCUAAAAUGGUACUUUGUCGUCGUGGCUUACCUUCUAGCGCCGUCUCUGAGCUUCUGCAAUGCUUACGGGACGGGUCUGACUGACAUGAACAUGGCUUACAACUACGGGAAAGUGGCUCUGUUCGUGAUAGCAGCACUGGCAGGGAAAGACGAAGGGGUCGUGGCCGGAAUGAUGGCUUGUGGUCUAGUCAAGUCCAUAAUCUCGGUCUCAGCCGACCUGAUGCACGAUUUCAAGACGGGUCACCUCACUAUGACCUCCCCUCGUUCCAUGCUCGUGGCUCAAGCCAUCGGGUCGGCCAUAGGCUGCGUGGUCGCGCCUCUCACCUUCUUCCUCUUCUACAAGGCGUUUGAUGUCGGGAACCCGGACGGAGACUACAAGGCUCCGUACGCUAUCAUCUACAGGAACAUGGCCAUCCUCGGAGUACAAGGCGUGUCGGCUCUGCCCGGUCACUGCCUUCAGCUCUGUUACGGGUUCUUCGCCUUUGCGGCGGCGGCAAACCUGGUGAGAGAUACGGUGCCGAGGAAGUACGGGAAGUGGAUACCGUUGCCGAUGGCGAUGGCGGUGCCGUUCUUGGUCGGGGGUGCGUUCGCGAUAGAUAUGUGCGUGGGGAGUCUGGUGGUGUUGGUGUGGAAUAGGGUGAGUCGGAGUAAGGCCGCUGUGAUGGUUCCGGCCGUGGCGUCCGGUUUGAUAUGCGGCGACGGGCUUUGGAUUCUACCGUCAUCGCUGCUGGCUCUGGCUGGGGUUAAGCCUCCUAUCUGUAUGAACUUCACCCCCAGCCACUGAUAAGAAAAAAAGACUGAACUUGUUUUAAGCAAUUAAAAAAAAAGGACUGGCGUUCA